CGCGGAGCGGCGCGGACGGGCGCGUGCCAUGCGCGGCGCGGCAGCCGGCGGCUCCCGCUCGCUGGCUCAGCAUGCGCGGGCUGUGCCCCCGCCUCUGCCUGCUGGCCGCCGCGCUGGGGCUCUGCGGGGGCAGCAGGAACUGCCCCGACCUCAUCGUGGACCGCUGCCUCUGCGCCGCCGAGCGCGCCAAGGGGCCCGGCCGCCCGGCCCUGCGCAUCAAAGUGGUCUGCACCGGCGGAGACUUGGUGGAAACUUUGCAGCCCGCCGUGCUGCCCAACCGCACCGUGUCCCUGAUUCUGAGUAACAACAAGAUCUUGGGGCUGAAGAAUGGCUCUUUCUUCGGGCUGAGAUCCCUGGAGAGACUAGAUCUGAAGAAUAAUUUGAUCAGCACAAUUGAGCCAGGGGCCUUCUAUGGGCUUUCAGAACUGAAGCGCCUGGAUCUUUCAAAUAACAGAAUUGGUUGCCUAACACCAGAAAUGUUUAUUGGACUUAAUAAUCUUCACAAACUGAAUUUGUCAGGGAAUAUUUUUUCAAGUCUCAUGAAUGGACUUUUUUCUGAGCUGCUAGCUCUGAAAGCCCUACAUUUCAACACUGAUUCACUGAUUUGUGACUGUAACCUGAAAUGGGUCUUGCAAUGGGCCAGAAAUGCUUCAGUCCGAAUAGCAGAGGAAACAGUCUGUGCUUACCCCAGUGCUUUACAUGGACUGUCACUUUACAACCUGAAGGAAAACCAGCUGAUCUGUGCUGGGCCUCUGGAACUUCCUCUCUUCGAGCUGAUCCCAUCACAAAGACAGGUGGUUUUCCAUGGAGACCGCUUGCCUUUCCAGUGUACUGCAACCUACGUGGACAACAGCACCCAAGUGCAGUGGUACCACGCGGGGCGCCUGAUCGAGACCAACGAGGAGAGCGGCAUCUUCGUGGAGGACAGCAUCAUUCAUGACUGCUGCCUGAUUACACGUGAACUUAUCCUAUCCAGUAUUGACAUUGAUGCAACUGGAGAUUGGGAAUGUCUAGUCAAGAACUCCUAUGGAAAUAGCACUAAACAAGUAGAAAUUGUGGUACUUGAAACAGCUGCUCCCUACUGCCCUGCAGAAAGAAUUAUUAACAACAAGGGAGAUUUCAGGUGGCCCAAAACUUUGGCUGGGAUAACUGCUUACCAGCCCUGUCUCCAGUAUUCUUUUAACUCUGUCACAUUUCACAAUGGUGCAGAAGAGGCAAAGGCGUGGCGUAAAUGUAACCGAACUGGACGCUGGGAUGAAGAAAACUACUCUGAAUGUCCUUACUCACAAGAAAUAACCCAAGUUCUUCAUGCUUUUAGUCAGAUGCACAUCAAUUUGACAACCGUGCUGGAGUUUUCCCGCCAGCUGACAGCCUACACAAGAGGUGCUUCCCUCUUUGCGGAUAAAAUGGAUGUAAUAUAUUUGGCUUAUAUAAUGGAAAAGUUAAUUGUCUUCGUGGAUGAAGUUGAAGAUAUUGGGGAUGCUCUUAUUGAGAUUGCCAGCAAUAUAAUGUUGGUGGAUGACCACGUGUUGUGGAUGGCUCAAAAAGAAGACAAAGCCUGCACCAGGAUUGUACGAUGUGUGGAACAGAUUGCAAGUCAAAUACUGACCAGCAAGAUUCAAGUUAUAUCAAAGGUAUCUCGUAAUAUUGCUCUGGAAGCCUUCAUGAUCAAGCCAUCCAGUUUCACAGGAAUGACUUGCACUGCCUACCAGAAAACAUCUGCAAACUCAGACAAGUCAGUGACUCCUGAUUUGGGAAGAUGGGAAGCAAAUCACAAUCCUGAUGUGUACUUGAAUUUUAAGUGCAACACUGGCAAUCUGGAUGGUUCUUUGGUGAAUUCUUCUACCAGGAAUGCUGUAGCAGUAGCUUCAGUUCAUUUGCCACAGUCUGUCUUCUCCCAGUCUUCAGCCUGGCAAUCUGUUGAUAACUCCACUUGCAAGCUGCAGUUUAUUGUCUUUCGGAAUGGAAAACUCUUUCCUAGCACAGGAAACUCAUCAAACCUCGCAGAUGAUGGGAAACGUAGGACGGUUGCCACACCAGCUGUUUUUGCUAAAAUAGAUGGGUGCAGUUUUGGAAACCUCACCAGCCCUCUUACUAUAGGAUUGAGGCACUUUGCACGGGGUAUAGACCCCAUUGCAGCCUUCUGGGAUUUUGACCUUCUGGAUGGACAUGGAGGCUGGUGGGGAGAAGGGUGCCACAUAAUUAGUUCUGCGGGCAAUAUUACCACCAUUCAGAGUACACACUUCAGUAACUUUGCAGUGCUAAUGGAUUUUAAGACAGUGCUGUCUUUCCCGCAGUACCCAGGGGAGUUUCUGCACCCUGUGGUUUAUGCAUGUACUGCAGUUAUGUUGUUGUGCCUGUUUGCUUCCAUUAUCACCUACAUUGUCCAUCACAGCACAAUCCGAAUAAGCAGAAAAGGAUGGCACAUGCUUCUCAACUUUUGUUUCCAUACUGCUCUCACAUUUGCUGUUUUUGCUGGUGGAAUCAAUCGCAUUAAAUAUCCAAUUAUAUGUCAAGCUGUUGGCAUAGUACUGCAUUAUUCUACACUCUCUACUAUGCUAUGGAUCGGAGUAACUGCCAGGAAUAUUUAUAAGCAAGUCACAAAAAAACCUCAGCCUUGCCAAAACAGUGACCAACCUUCUUAUCCAAAACAACCUCUACUCAGAUUUUACCUGAUUAGUGGUGGAGUUCCAUUCAUUAUAUGUGGGAUUACAGCAGCAACCAAUAUCAAUAAUUAUGGGAUUGAAGGCAAUGCACCAUAUUGCUGGAUGGCCUGGGAGCCCAGCCUCGGUGCUUUUUACGGGCCGGUGGCGUUCAUUGUGCUGGUGACCUGUGUUUACUUUCUCUGCACGUACGUGCAGCUGAAGCGCCAUCCCGAACGCAAGUAUGAGCUGAAGGAAAAGACAGAAGAUCCGCAGAGAAUGCCAAGCACUGACAUGGGCCAUGGUCACAUUACAGACCCUGUGUCCGUUCCCCAGGCAACCUGCCCCAUGAUUUCUUCUUCCUUAUUGGAAAAUGAGCAUUCAUUUAAGGCUCAGCUUCGAGCCGCAGCAUUCACUUUGUUCCUGUUUACUGCCACUUGGACCUUUGGAGCACUUGCAGUGUCUCAAGGCCAUUUCUUGGAUAUGAUAUUUAGCUGUCUUUAUGGAGCCUUCUGUGUGACCUUGGGGCUUUUCAUCCUGAUCCAUCACUGUGCAAAGCGAGAUGAUGUGUGGCAUUGCUGGUGGUCCUGCUGCCCAUCCAAAAGAAACACCUACUCUGUGCAAGUCAACGUGCGCCCAAAGGUCAACAUCAAUGGCGACACCCAGGUUCAUGCACCUUGUCUGCAGGAAUCUCCGUGUCCCAACAAGUCAGCUGUGUUCAGUCACCCAGCAGCGAGCCACUGCAAACUCACUAACCUGCAAGCAGUGCAGAACCACGUUAACUGCCUGUCACCGGUGACGCCGUGCUGUGCAAAAAUGCACUGUGAUCAGCUGCUUGAUGAUGAAGCUCACAUUCAUGUCCACAACGAGGGAACCUUCAGACCCAACAUGCACAUUCAUAGAUGCCUGAAAAGCAGAACUAAGCCACGUUACUUCAGUCGGCACAGGUCUGCGGGGGAAAGGGAGUACGCCUACCACAUCCCCUCGAGCAUUGACGGCAGCAUUCACAGCUCCCACACAGACAGUCCCCACAGCACACACGAGAGCCAGUCGGGUCACAGACGGGCCUGCUGCUCCAAGAGUGAUCCCUACCCUACCGUCAACCAGCCCGAAAGCAGCGACGCAAGUACUGUAAUAUACAGCUGUGGUAAAAUGCCAGACAGUGACACUGUGCACCACCCAGCUCACUUCGAGAUGCACCCACGGACACAGUCAUUGCCAUUCAGUACAACAAAUCACAACGGAAUUCUCAAGGGAAACAUGCACGAAGCCAUGAUUUACAGCUCAGAUAGUACGGGAAAUAUCAAAACUGGCCCUUGGAAAAAUGAAACUACUGUGUAGUUCAUGGGCCAUCAUAAUGUGUUUUUUGCCCUAAACCAUCGUUAUCUUUGUUUUUAUUCCAAAAUAAAUAUGGUGAUAUGUUUGUGUAGCUCAUCAGUAAAUUGUACGGAUUUUCAUUUUCUUUGUAAGUGUCAAAGAAAGAGGGAUAGUGACAGUUUUAAAGUGAAAUUAUUUUUAAAAGAAAGUUAUAAAAUUAUUCUGAAAGAUAAUGAGAAAAUUAAGUCUAGAAAAUUGAAUAAGAGAGGCAAUAUCCUUUUGUUAUACAGAAUGACAUUUCUUUAGAAACAUAAUUUUCAUUCAUUGUUUUCACUUUUUUUCAGUAGUAACUUCAGACACUUUUUAUAAACAUAUCAGCAUCUUAAACUUUUACUUAUUUAUUUUUGUAGAAAAAUAUUAUUACUGUGCCAUGAAUUUUAAUCAGAAGUGGCUAUGGUAGAAAUGAUAAACAGGAUUUUAUAAAAUUGCAGCUUUUUAGAUACACAAAAGUGAUACUGCCUCUAAAAACCUUCUGUAGCAUAUGGCCUGUAAAGUCAUGUAAUGUACAGUCUCUGUUCUGUCCUUUUUCUUGUUGGAGAGAAGUGCUAGGUAAUGUCUCUGUUACAUCUUUGGUGCUGUAUUGGUUGUAUUUUGCAUGACAUAUGUCAGGAUAUACCAUUUGCUGUUUUAUAGUGUUACAUGUGUUUAAAAAAAAGAACAAAAAAAAAGUGUGGUACAAGGCUGUGACAAACCCUAUUGAUAUUAACCUAGAGCAUUAUAAAUCUACAGGAAAAAAAAUCACUCUGCACUAGUUUAAGUGGCACAAUCCUUUGUAUAAGGUUAUAUGAUAGCUUUGAUAAGGGUCCACUCUAAUGUCUUUACAGAGCAUGCACUACUCAUCGUAUGUGGCACUGUGCGGUGUAAUAGCAAUUGUCUCAACAAGUUUUACACUUCUUUGUAAAGUAUGCCUUUUAAACAAACCUGUAAGCUGUUCCCCGGUAACCUUUCCACAUCUCUUAAGGUAGAGCAGUUUUAUCAUUAACUCUUUGAGGACUACAGUUAUUUUCUUAAAGUAGCUUAUUCUAGUUCAGAGAUACUGUAUAUAUGAUACUGUCUAUUUAGUUACAUGAUCAAUGUAGUCCAGAGUCGUCAAGAAAAAGGAAGUUCAGUAAUUUUCUAAAAACACGUUCUUAGAGUCCAUCUAUUAAUUUCACCACUAGCUUUCUGAAAACCCAUUUCCUCCCCUAGCAAACUUCAGAUUGACUUAAUCCUUUAAUGCAAAUCUGACCUUCAGAGAAGUUCUUUAUGUUCAUGAUUUCUGCUGAAUUAUAGGGCAUUCUGGGGUCAGUAGCAUUCUCUAUUAACAAGGCCCUUGGCAAGAUUUUUUUCAUGUUUCCAUGAACAUCUGGACACAAAGCAUCAACUCACAGUACAGAACUGAAUCAGAAUGAUCCCUAUAUGAAAUAAAACAGCUUUUUACAAAUAGGAAGGGUGCAGAAUAAUAAUAGAUUUCAGAAAGUGAAUGGGAGCAUAGAGCUGUGAGAAAAAUGUCUGCAGUGGAAAGUGAACACUGGAUCCAGAAAUGAGAGAAAAAGCACAAUUCUGUACAGCCACACAAGAAAGUUUGCUGUGAUGUCUUCACACAGACUUAUGUAAUUGCUUCAGAGAGGAAACAGAAAAUUCCAUUGAGAGACCAUCAGUCUGCGAUUCUCUGUGUAUAUGUGGCAGAAAUCUUCACUAUACUUAAGCUCCAUAUUUUCCUGUUAUUAGCCGUUUAUUAGACUCUACCUUCAUUUUUUUUUUAAUAUGUAGGAAUAAAUUUCCUAAUAGUGUACAUAAAGAUGACAAUUAUAAUUGUUAGAAUGUUAUAAAAACAUGUAAGUCAGAUGAAUGUGUUCUGCAGUGUUGCAGGUGGGAAUUAGUACUCAAAGGGUUAAUGCUCAGUAUCUGAGUGCAAGAAAUCUUGUUUUUCUGUAUUUUUGUAAAUUUGAAAUAUAUAUUGUAAACUUCAGCAGUGCAAUGUAUCCAUCUCAGAUUGUGUAUUUUUAAAAGGUGAGCAAGAAGAAUGCACUAGGUGGUUGUCAAGUUUUAAGCCAAUAUUCAACAGUUUCAUGACUGCUUCUUUAGCUAACACAAAAAAAGACAAAACACUGAGCUUUAUUAUGUAUAUGCUGUAUAUGCUUGAACUGUCUCUAAACUAAAAUACAGUAUUUUUCUUUGUUUGCAUACUGAAAUAUUUUCUGUUCCAUAACUGUUUUCUUUUAAUAUUACUUUUACUCAUUCCACAUAGACAGUGACCCUAAAUAAGCAUAGACAUAAUGUGAAAUCCACUUCUCUGUGUCUCAGCACUCUGUAUAUGUAUAUUCUGUAACAGUAAAAUUGUAGGAAGUCUGUAGACCAUUAUGCAAAAUAUCACACACACACACACACAGAGCCAAGAUGAAAUACUCACUCUGCAAGAAUCCACUCAGUAAGCUCCUUUAUUCAGCUUGUGUUUUAAUCAUCUCUGUUAUUUUGUCUGAGAGGCCAAUUCCAUCUUCAUAAUGGCUUACAAAAAAAGUAAAUAGGUGCUGCUUUCCACAGAAUCUCUUAUGUGAUAAAACUCUCUGGAAUUCAAACAUAAAAUAUUAAAACACUUUUCUUAUUGUGUUAAAAAUUAAUUUAGUGAAUAUUUCUGGGCUAAUUUGGAAGAGCUGUGUUAUGCAAUAAUCAGUUUGCAUAUUAUUUUUUCAGAAAAUAUAGAGUAUAUCUACAGAGUAGGAAAGACAUGGUAUGAAAUAAAUAUAAAAAUGUUUUGUAACAUCAAAUUUGACCAAAAUGCUUUUUAUGCUUUUGACUUUUUUUUUUUUUCCUUAAGAUAAAUGAGAUAAUUUCAAUGCUUUGGAAGUCUGGUUUUGAUUUAUUGUGUGGUCAAUUAUAGUCAGUGAACCAUUACUACUUUACCUGAUUUUCUUCCCUAUAAAAAUAAAGUCAAUGAAAUAACCAGAGUAUGAGAUAUAUUGUCCUAGUAAAUUCCUCAUGGACACAAGUAACGUAUUUUAAAAUCAGUUUUAGUUUUGGUGAUUCAUUGAUAAUAAUAAAAUGGUUGAACAGAUUUUACUGUUCACUCUCUGUCCAAGAUUAACCAAGAGGAAUUUCUUCCGAAAGAAAAAAAUAUUUUGAAAGAAUGAUGCAGUCAACAGAAAUCUGAAUAGCUGCUACCAGGAUAAAAAUAUAUUCUUGCUGUAGUGUUGUUCUCUGCAUACAGAAAUUCCAGUUUUCAUGACUGAAUUUGAAGUCACAUAGGCUGUUUAUGAGAAAAAUUCCUACCCAGCCCCAUAUAAUGAAUUUGGGUGUAAAAAUAAAGCAUACAUUUUUGCACAUUA